CCUCUGAUGUUAUUUAAGUUUAGUGUUAUAGGAGAAUAUCUGGUGUAACAUUGAAAGUUUGUUGCAGCAGUUAAGAAAAAUGAUGUGUGCCAUGUGGCAGCCAGAUUGUUCAUGUAUCAAUAGCUUUUUGUGUGCUAGUGAGACUUAGCUUUCCAUUUAUGCAUAGAUCCCAAUGUUUUCCUUUGAAUUGAAAUGCUUGCAAGCUGGGCGCAUCAGCAUGUUUGUUUAUGGACAGUUUUGAGCUGCCCCAAUUGGCAAUAAAUGAGACUUACAGGAGCUGUGAUUAAGCCAGCAUUGAAUGUUUAUGUACAAACAAGCACAGUCAUGUACCUGAAAUAAUGACAUGUUUUAUGAAGUGUACAUGUGGCUUACCUUCAAACAACAAUCCAUUUUCAGUUAAUGUCAUUUGUGGUGAGGUAGUAUUUUUCCCUGGUCAUCUCUAAUAUUUCUCCUUCAGAUAGACUAUGGGUCAUGGUGCCAGCAAGCAACAAGAAGACUUCCUCACAGAAGAUGAAAUUGAAGACUACCAGGAUCUCACAUACUUCACCAGACAUGAAAUAAUUGUGGCUCACAAGAAAUUCAAGGCGCUGGCGCCGGAUAUCAUCGCGGAGAACAGGAACGCCCGGCUGGAGAUGACUGUCAUGCUCAACUACCCGGAGCUGCGUGCCAACCCCUUCGGUGACCGCAUUUGCAAGGUGUUCAGCUCUACCCAGGACGGCGCCUGCUCCUUCGAGGACUUCCUGGACAUGAUGUCUGUGCUGAGCGUCCACGCGCCGAAGACGGUCAAGUCCGAAUACGCCUUCCGCAUCUUCGACUUCGACGACGACGACAUGAUCGGCCGCGAGGACCUGCGCGAGCUCAUCAACCGGCUGACGGCGCCGCAGCGCAUGACCGAGAUGGAGAUGAUGCACCUGAUCCAGAACAUCAACAACGAGUCUGACCUGGACGACGACGGCAUGCUGUCGUUCGCUGAGUUUGAGCACAUCAUCUCUAAGUGUCCCGACUUCACUGACUCGUUCAGCGUCAAGCUGUGACGACACGGGCGGCUCGGACCGCGCGACGGCGCUUGCCCCGGGACACAGGCCGCCAGGAGCGCCCGCCACGCAGC